AUGCUUGUUUUUCACAAUGUUUUAGAAACAACGGCUGUCACACCACUAUCAACAAUUCCAUCAGAAACAAGAGGAACAAGAGAAACAGGAGAAACAACACUUACUACAGGCUUCACUGGAACUGAAUCAAGUCGAACUGAAGAAACCAGUUCAGGUCUUACAUCAGUUAGUACUGUAGAAGGUAGCACACCUAGUUAUACUGUUCUAACAACACUAAUUGGUUCAACUACUGAAGCAGUGUCAGGAACAACUACGAAGAUAUGUGAAGAAAUGCAAGCUGUAGAUGAAGCUGUUAGCAAGAAGAUAACUGUGAAACCGAAUGAAUUGCCUAGAGGUGAAAACAUCAAAUUUCAACCAACAUCUCAACAAGGUGUUUCUUUCGACAAGAAUGAUCUUAAACCAAUAAUUACUGUUCAUUUUGACAAACCUGCUCCAGUUCAGUCAGUCACUCUUCCACGUGAUAAAACACCCAAUGGAAAUGUUGAACAAUUUGAAGUCACAUUCUAUUCACCUGACGGAAACAAAAUCAACGACAUACCAAUAUUAAGUAAUUCAAGUCCAAAAGAAGAUAAGUCGAAGCCAGCUGAACUCAAUUCAACACAAAUACCAUCAAAUACACCUGUAUCACGUAUAGAAAUCACCAUUAUUCACACUACUGAUGAUGAAUCACCGAAAGGUGUUGUUUUGGAUAUUAAAGCUUGUGCGGAAGUCACAACAGUGAGCAAUGCAACUCCUUCUAGCGCUACUGAUUCAUCCACCGCAACAACUGAGAAAGCUGUUGAUGAAGCAACGACAACCUCGAGUGUGCCAGGGCGAUGUCAAACAGAAAAUACACUGAGUGAAGAAUUAGGUCUUGUCAAAGCUGAAUCAAUUACCGAGACAACAAAAGCAGAGACAAAGGUCGUUGGAUACAUUAUACGAUCAAAUAGCACCGGAUGGACUCCGUCGUCGGCGUUUUCAUCGCUCAAUAUCGAUUUCCGUUAUUCUGUUGAAAUUGGUCGAAUUCGCAUAACGGCUGAUAAUCUUAAAGAAUGGCGUUUAUACUAUCAAUCAGCAACGGAAGUAUUUCCACAUUGGAUAGCCUACAAUAAUUCAAUUGUUUUGACAAACAAUGAGAUUAUAUUUCCAAGAACACUGAAUGCUACGAAGAUUCGUUUAACUCCAAAUGGUGACGUUGAAAAUCUUCAUCUUGAAAUUUUUGCGUGUGCACCACUAAUAACUGAAACAGAUACACCAAGUACACCAUGUAGUCUAACAGAAUGGUCUGACUGGACACCAUGUAGUCGUACAUGUGGCAUUGGAUACAAAACACGUACUCGUAAUGUAAAUUUAACGCACGAUUGUAAUGAAGAGCAAUUGGUUGAGCGCCAAUCUUGUAUGGACCGUCGUUGUCAAUGCUUACUCGACGAAGCAUUUUAUGUGCGUGUGUUUCAGAGAGAACCAUCUGAUAGCAAAGAUAUUGGUUACAUUUAUACAUAUUCAAAUGAUACUACUGAAUUACGAAAUUUUGUUUAUAUUAAUGAUACUGUUGAUCAAGGCACCAUUAUUCGCACACAAGACAAUUGUUACAUUGUUUAUUGUACAGCUGAUGGUUUGAAAUUAUCUGAUAAUCAAUGUGUAACAACAACAAUAUUAACAACAACACCAACAACAAAUACUACAGUGUGCACAAUGCAACAAUAUGAAUAUGCUCCAUUGAAAGCUAACAAUGGUCAAUGCAUAUCUCGUGAAAGCUUUCCUCGAGAACGUUGUGGUGGUUAUUGUGAUUCGGAUAGUAACGAUCAAUGUAAAUGUUGUUCAAUUGGAACAACAUAUUUACAAUCAGUUCUUUUUGAUUGUUUUGUUAAUGGCUCAAAAACAAUAACAGAGGAGAAAACAAUACAAAUUCGACGUAUUCAAUCAUGCAGUUGUAACAUAUGCCGUGACAGUUGUUCAGUACGGCAAUAUGAUAGUGCUCCAUUACGAAUGAACGAUAAUCAAUGCAUAUCACGUGAAAAAGUUCCUCGAGAACGAUGUAGUGGAUAUUGUGAAUCUGAUAGUGGUGAUCAAUGUACUUGUUGCUCGGUUGCAAAAACAUAUUUACAACCAAUUGUUUUUGAUUGUCUUGUUAAUAGUACGCAAAAUGUAACGGUACAAAGAACAGUAGACAUUCGACGUAUUCAAUCAUGCAACUGCAAUGUAUGUUCCGGUGGAAUUCCGCACAAAUGA